AUGAGCCUGCCCCCCCAGGAGUGUUAUAAAACUGAAUACAAGUGGUUCCAGGCCUUCAUGAAAAUAACUGCCAUCAAGAAUAAGACGCAGACAAUCACGAUCACUCUCACCAACACCCCCGCUGCGAAGACGCAGACAAUCACGAUCACUCUCACCAACACCCCCGCUGCGAAGACACAGACAAUCACGAUCACUCUCACCAACACCCCCGCUGCGAAGACGCAGACAAUCACGAUCACUCUCACCAACACCCCCGCUGCGAAGACACAGACAAUCACGAUCACUCUCACCAACACCCCCGUCGCGAAGACGCAGACAAUCACGAUCACUCUCACCAACACCCCCACCACAACUACCUUCACUCCCACCAACACCCCCACCUCAACAACCACCCCCACCUCAACAACCACCCCCACCAACACCACCACCUCAACAACCACCACCAACACCCCCACCUCAACAGCAACCACCACCCCCCCAACCUCUACAACUACCACCACCCAAACCUCAACAACAACUACCACCAACCCCACCUCAACAACAACCACCACCACCCCCACCUCAACAACAACAACUAUGACUCCCGGUACUACCACAACACUCCUACCCUGGCAUAUUCCCCCCUCCCAAUUAUUUUAA